UAAACAUGAUUGACAAAGUUGCAGUAGUUACUGGUGCCAAUAAGGGAAUAGGUUAUGGCAUAGUAAACCAGUUAUGUAAACGUGGUGUUAAAGUUGUGUAUCUCACGGCACGUGAUGAAACAAAAGGCAGAGGAUCUGUAAAAGCCCUAGAAGCUGAAGGAUACCAUCCCAUAUUUCACCAACUUGAUGUAACCGACGGAGAAACUGUUAAGAAUUUCGCAGAUUUUGUAAAAAAUCGUCAUGCUGGUAUUGAUAUUCUUAUUAACAACGCAGGAAUUCGUACACACGAGUGCAACAAAAAAAAAUUGAUAGAGAUAUAUCUAUUAAUUCCUUGCACCCAGGCUUCGUAAAAACAUUAAUGACAAAAAAAGUAGGUUAUUUAACUAUUGAAGAAGCGAGUGAUGCUCCUAUCUAUUUAACUUUAGAUGCUGAUCAGUCGA